AAUCUAAACCAGUUUCCAGGCCACUGGAAGGGUUCCACCAUGAGGACCUCUGACACGGACCAGAAGGCAUCCUACGAGGAUGCCUCUGGAGAGCAUGGUGAAGUCGUCAGCACCAUUUCCAGCAGCAUGAACCCACUGCAGCCACCGGACGCUUCCUCGGAGGAACCUUUUACCACUUACUUCGACAGCAAGAUCCCCAUUCCCGAAGAUGAAACGCACUCGUGUUUUAGUUUCCGCAAGCUCUGGGCUUUCACAGGGCCAGGCUUUCUGAUGAGCAUUGCCUACCUGGAUCCGGGCAACAUCGAGUCGGAUUUACAGUCUGGAGCUGUCGCAGGAUUUAAGCUGCUCUGGGUCCUGAUGCUGGCAACGAUCAUCGGGUUGCUUCUGCAGCGGCUGGCGGCGAGGCUGGGGGUGGUGACGGGGCUGCACCUCGCCGAAGUUUGCAACCGGCAGUACCAAAAGGUUCCUCGCAUUAUCCUGUGGCUGAUGGUCGAACUCGCUAUCAUUGGAUCCGAUAUGCAAGAAGUCAUUGGCUCGGCGAUCGCUAUUAACCUCCUGUCUGUGGGGAAGAUCCCACUGUGGGGCGGCGUGCUCAUCACCAUUGCCGACACGUUCGUGUUUCUCUUCCUGGACAAAUAUGGCCUGCGAAAACUGGAAGCGUUCUUUGGGUUUCUGAUUACCAUCAUGGCUCUAACGUUUGGAUACGAGUAUAUCACAGUGAAACCCAACCAGGAGAAGCUGCUGAAGGGACUGUUCAUCCCAUACUGCCAAAACUGCGGCACACGCCAGCUGGAGCAAGCGGUGGGAAUCGUGGGCGCUGUUAUCAUGCCGCACAACAUGUACCUGCACUCCGCCUUGGUCAAGUCCCGGCAAGUAAACCGUGCAAAUAAGAAGGAAGUACGAGAAGCUAAUAAGUAUUUCUUCAUCGAGUCCUGCAUCGCUCUCUUUGUCUCCUUCAUCAUUAACAUCUUUGUUGUGACUGUCUUCGCUGAGGCUUUCUUUGAAAAGACGAACGCGGAUGUGAACGAAGUCUGCGUGAACACCAGCAGCCCGCACUCCUCGCUCUUCCCAAACAACAACGAGACGCUGGAGGUGGAUAUCUACAAAGGGGGCGUCGUUCUAGGCUGUUAUUUCGGCCCUGCUGCUCUCUAUAUCUGGGCAAUUGGGAUCCUCGCUGCCGGCCAGAGCUCAACGAUGACGGGGACGUACUCUGGGCAAUUCGUCAUGGAGGGCUUCUUGAACCUACGGUGGUCCCGUUUUGCCCGGGUGCUGCUGACCCGCUCUAUCGCCAUCACCCCCACCCUCUUUGUCGCCAUCUUUCAGGAUGUCGAACACCUGACUGGCAUGAACGACUUCUUAAAUGUUCUGAUGAGUCUCCAGCUUCCGUUCGCUUUGAUCCCUAUCCUGACAUUCACCAGCCUGCCCAGCGUCAUGAAUGAUUUUGCCAACGGAUUGUUCUGGAAGAUCAGUGGCGGCAUGCUGAUCCUCCUCAUCUGCAGCAUUAACAUGUACUUCGUGGUGGCCUACGUCAUAUCCCUCAACCACAUGGCUUUGUACAUCGGGGCUGCCAUUCUCAGUGUGAUUUACUUGUCCUUUGUGGCGUAUUUG